AUAUACAUCUCAUGUGAUUAUAAACUCUUUCAGUUGUUCAAAUCUUUUUUCACAUUUGUUCUAGCUAUUAUGGCCGAGAAGAAAACUUAAAAAUAAAGGUGAAUGCUCAAUUUUGGCCGUCAUUGUAAUAUAAAUACCUAAGUUUUAUUACUGGAACGAUUUUUUGACUUAACUUUUUAAUUGAGAUACGAUCUAAAAACAUACAUGUAGUUCAAUGCUAAAAAAAAUCAAUCUUUACUUUGGAUAAAUCGUAUUUAUAUUUUUAAUAAGGAUACCUACAGAAGAACGUUGUCAAUAUGAGUUGGCGAUUAGCAUUUCAUUCUACCAAAUUGGUUACAUCAUACCUAUUUCCCGUGCGCGUCAAAGCAUUCAGAGAAGCCAUAUUUGAUGGUAAUGUUGAAAUUAUUCGCGCAUUAGCCGAAAAACGUCCACGUUUAUUGUAUCAAACAAUUGAUGCCGAUGGGAAUACAGCUCUAGGUUUGGCAGUUUUACUUGGCGAAGUUGAGAUUGUCAAAACAUUGUUAGCUCUUGGAUCCGAUCCAAAUCUGGCCAAUGGAUUUGAUCAUAAUCAUCCACUUGUAAUUUUGGCAAAACUUCGUCAAGAAGAAAGUAGUACAACACAUUUAUUAGCUGACAUUCUUCUGGAAGCGGGAAGCGAUCCUAAUCGUAUUGUACAUUACCAAGCAGACAAUCUAAAUCGUUUAGAUGCCACACAAACACCAUCGUUUUGCGAAACGCCAUUUCUAUGUGCAAUAAGAUAUUCAAACGAAACUUUGGUGAAAAAAUUAUGCGAUAAAGGAGUGGAUGUCGAUCAACCAAAUGAAGACACAGGUAUGACAGCAUUAAUGUUAGCAAGUACAAUGGGAUUCGAUAGUAUCGUUAAUGUUCUUCUUGAUGCUGGUGCACAGCCAAAUCAAGUUGAUUUUCAAGGCAAUACCGCACUCCAUCAUGCAGCUGCUGGUUAUGGUGAAAAUAUUGAAUGUAUCAAGAGUCUAAUCGCUCGUGGUGCUGAUGUCAAUAUUGCAAACGAAGAGGGCUCUACGCCGUUAAUAGUUGCAAAAGAAAACUCUAAUGAUGCUUUAGUUAAACUACUAACAUCAGCUUCAAGUAUAGAGCCACAAUCCAGUAAAUUAUCGUCCUCGCCCGUUUACGAUAAGGUUGAUUCAGCAACAGAACAGACUAUUUUUUCAUUUACAUAG